AUGAUGACUCCGUUCUCAAACAACAGAGUCCAAGAAAGCGCAGAAAGGCUUAAAGCCAAGGUGAACAAAACUCUGGAAGAAACUACAUUACUUCUUCAUGAACGCACUUUGCUUCUGCAAGAAAGUCUUGAGAAGGCAUAUAACGAUAUAAACGCCAUAAAGGAAAUCAAUCUUGAUGUGGUAGAUCCCGUUGCACGAGUUGAGUAUUUGAAAAAACAUAACUGUGUCACCGACGGCCAUCAAGACGACGAUGAAUACGAGGAUUCAGAGCCUCUGGAGGUUGGAGACCUAAAAAGACUACGGAAAGAUACUGGGUUCCAACAGUGGCUCAGCUCUAGCCACAGCAAUGCUAUCCUGGUCAGGAGCUUCAAUGAUUCAGAUUCGAUAUCACCAGAUCCCUGGUUAUCACAAGCAAUUGCUGAGCUCGCAAUAAAACUUCAAGGUGAAGAAUUGCCGGCCAUCUUUCAUGUUGUCAGCAAUAAAGAUGAUUUGAUCACCAUAUAUGGAGUCAUAAUCUGCGAAAUCCUGAGUUGGGACAUGAAGUUUUACCAAGAGCAUAGACAAAGUGUGGAAGACACUCGUCAAGAAUUCAAAAAUAUACAGUCUUCAAAAGAUAUCCAACUUCUCACACAAUCACUACUGGCCUUUUGGGCGAAGUCUCACCCGCACAAACCGGUUUAUAUCUUAUUAGACAGGCUUGACAAGUUCUUACCCACCCGGAGUUCCAUAUUCAAGCAAGUGAUAAUUGGACUUAUCGAUGUAUUGAGGACUGCUCCAAACGGAAUCAAGCUCUGCUUUGCUAUGGAUGAUGCUUAUUGGGACGAUAUAAAAGAUUAUAUUGAUGCCGAAAUGAGCUUUCCAGGGCAUAGAAUUUUCAAGCAUACAAAGAGACUAUAUCAACAAACCUCCGCUCUUGGUUAA